AUGGCAACCGUCGCCUCCAGUUCAGUCAUGGGAUACGCUAGUGGCGAGCCUGGCAUUUAUCCGCCUGUCUCGCCGGAGACGCGCUGCAGCGACGCCAGUAUCCCAUGCGGUGAUAAGGACUAUUCCGCAAGCGUGACUUGCCACACGGGUCCGCAGUCGAUGUUCGAGUUCAAGAGCUGCUGCGCCAAGCAGUGCCCGGAUGCUGCUCUUUUCUGCAGCAACUCGGCCGAAGUUCCAUGCGGCGACAACGACGUGAGCGUUUCCAGGUCUUGCCGCAGUGGAUCGCUUGACGACUUUCGACAAUGCUGCAUGAGCAAGUGCCCGUCUGCUGGCAAACAACCCGACCGUUACUGCAGCGCGAUCAAUGUUCCGUGUGACGGACUUGACCACGACGCGUCCUCGUUUUGCAGCUGGCAGAAAGAUCCUAGUGUCGAGUUCAAGGACUGCUGCUUGAGCCGUUGCGCGAGCGCCAGGGUUCCGCCUGGCUACAAAUGCAGCGACUCCGGUGUUCACUGUGACGAGCUCAACGUCAAGGCCUCUCAAACUUGCGGCAACUAUGAAACUCGCGUUGGCCAAUUUCGAGACUGCUGCUAUCGCGAGUGCCGGUCUCAAAAUCAGUACUGA